GGGUUCAGGCAUGCCAUGACGAUGGCCUUUGCUAUUGAUGAGAUCAACAAAAACUCCAACUUGCUGCCUAAUGUGACUCUGGGAUACAGCCUUUAUGAUAACUGUGCCACACUUGUGAUUGGAUUCAGUGCUGCACUGGCAUUGGCCAGUGGUCGAGAGGAGCAGUUUCUGCUUCAGGAAAACUGCUUGGGGACCCCUCCAGUCCUUGGGAUUGUGGGGGAUUCCUUCUCAACAUUUUCUAUUGCCACCUCUGAUGUGAUAGGUUUAUUCAAAUUACCCAUUGUGAGUUACUUUGCCACAUGUUCCUGCCUGAGUGAUCGGCAACGGUUUCCGUCCUUCUUCAGAACAAUCCCAAGUGAUGCUUUCCAGGUGCGUGCUAUGAUUCAGAUUUUAAAACGCUUUGGCUGGACUUGGGCAGGUCUGCUGGUCAGUGAUGAUGACUAUGGACUCCAUGUUGCCAGAUCCUUUCAGUCUGACCUGGCUCAGUCUGGUGGAGGUUGUCUGGCCUACUCAGAGAUUUUACCCUGGGGUGACAACCCAGCUGAACUAAAGAGGAUUGUGGAAGUAAUUAAGAAAUCAACAGCUCGUGUGGUCAUUGUCUUUGCACAUCAGAUCCACAUGAUUCAACUCAUAGAAGAGGUGGUGAGGCAGAAUGUUACAGGCCUGCAGUGGAUGGCCAGUGAAGCUUGGACAGCAGCUGCUGUGCUGCAGACACCCCGCCUCAUGCCGUACCUGGGUGGCACCCUGGGCAUUGCCAUCCGUAGAGGAGAAAUACCAGGACUCAGGGAAUUCCUGUUAAGAGUACGUCCUGAUUUACAGGAUAAUAAUUAUGGACAUAGCAUGGUGAUGCAGUUUUGGGAAUAUACAUUUCAGUGUAAAUUUGCUGUACCUCCAGCAGAUUGGAUGGAGGCUGGGAGAGCACUAUGCACAGGUGAUGAAAACCUCGAGAGUGUAGAGACUGAGUUUUUGGAUGUUUCUAAUCUCAGGCCUGAGUACAAUAUUUACAAAGCUGUGUAUGCUCUGGCCUAUGCACUUGAUGACAUGCUACAAUGCAAGCCAGGAAGAGGACCUUUCAGUGGGAACAGCUGUGCCACUUUGCAAACCCUGGAGCCAUGGCAGCUCAUGUAUUACUUGGAAAAGGUCAACUUCACCACACCUUUUGGUGAUCAAGUGUCAUUUGAUGAAAAUGGUGAUGCCUUACCAAUAUAUGAUGUCAUGAACUGGCUGUGGCUCCCUGAUGGACGAACUAAAGUUCAGAAUGUGGGUGAGGUUAAGAGGUCGGCCUCCAAAGGUGAAGAACUCACACUUCUUGAAGACAAAAUCUUCUGGAACUUUGAUUUAAAACAGCCACCCCUGUCAGUGUGCAGCGAGAGCUGUCCUCCAGGUACCCGCAUGGCAAGAAAAAAAGGGGAACCUGUUUGCUGUUUCGACUGUGUCCCUUGUUCUGAAGGAAAGUUCAGCAAUGAAACUGACUCCAUGGAGUGCACCAGUUGUCCAGAGGACUUCUGGUCCAGCCCCCAGCGUGACCACUGUGUUCCUAAGAAAACUGAGUUCCUCUCCUACCAUGAGCCUCUGGGUAUCUGCCUCACAACUGCCUCAUUGUUGGGCACAUUUUUCUGUUUUGUAGUCCUCGGAAUCUUCACAUAUUUUCGCAGUACCCCCAUGGUACGCGCCAACAAUUCAGAACUCAGCUUCCUGCUCUUGGUGUCACUUAAGUUAUGUUUCCUGUGUUCACUGCUGUUUAUCGGCCGUCCCAGACUGUGGACAUGCCAACUGAGACAUGCAGCAUUUGGGAUCAGCUUUGUGCUUUCUGUCUCAUGUAUUCUGGUGAAAACCAUGGUGGUUCUGGCUGUGUUCAAGGCCUCCAAGCCAGGAGGUGGAGCCAGUCUGAAGUGGUUUGGUGCUAUGCAGCAGAGAGGAACAGUUCUGUUUCUUACUUCUGUUCAGGCAGCAAUCUGCACUGCUUGGCUUGUCUCUGCUUCACCAGCUCCUCAUAAAAACACUCAAUACCACAAUGACAAGAUAGUUUAUGAAUGUGUAGUCGGGUCCACAGUUGGUUUUGCAGUAUUACUGGGUUACAUUGGCUUAUUGGCUAUCCUCAGCUUCCUGUUAGCGUUUCUGGCAAGGAAUCUUCCAGACAACUUCAAUGAGGCCAAACUCAUCACUUUCAGCAUGCUGAUCUUCUGUGCUGUGUGGGUAGCCUUUGUUCCUGCUUAUGUCAACUCUCCAGGAAAAUAUGCAGAUGCAGUGGAGGUAUUUGCCAUCCUGGCCUCCAGUUUUGGUCUCUUGGUGGCUCUGUUUGGACCCAAAUGUUACAUAAUCCUGCUGAGACCAGAGAGGAACACAAAGAAAGCAAUCAUGGGUCGGGGAACAACAAAGUCAUGA